CGGGUGUGAUCGCUUUCUUCCAUGCACUUCUUGGCGAUUCCAAAGACUUUGACUAUUCUUGAAAACAGAACAAAGUGACCUGAGGUUUAAAAAGAGCGCUUCCUACUUUAUUGAGAGACGACAUUGACUAGUGGGCAUCAGGACACCGAAAAUACGAUUUUUAAAGAAAUUCUGAGACGGUGACACUGAACAGCGUCCUCCACCAAACUUCACUAUUGUUAUGGGCAUUUCUCGAAGAUAUAAACUCUUCCAACUUGUUGUCCUGCUAAUAGGAGUGCUCCUACUGUUUAUAAACCUGAAUCCUUCGGUAGAACCUGUUAUGCCCGAUCCACCGGAUCUCCUUCCUUUCCGUAUCAAUGUCCGAGAGAUUCAAGGUAAAAUAGUCUGGCCAGUUUCUAAAGUCACGGUCGGGCUUCCUAUUAGUCAAAUCCAAGACCUAGGGGAAAAGAAGCUUAGAGUUCUCCUUGUGAUAAUUGUGUCGACAGCGCCUUUGCGCUGGGAACGAAGGAACGCCAUACGACAGACUUGGUGGAAGUACUGCAGUGUGAAAGAGGUAGCUUGCCACUUUUUUACAGACGGACAAGUCGUCAACAAGAAGAUCCAGAAAAAUCUCUUAAACGAAACAUCCCGUUACGGAGACAUUGAGUUCCAACCGCUUCUGGGAGGGAUAGAGUUUGGAAUUCGCUUCUUGUAUCACGCCAAAUGGGCCGCGGCUAAUUACGACUUUCAAUAUUUUCUUCGCACGGACGAUGACUACUUUGUGUGUCUUAAGAAGCUUUUGAAUGAGUUACCUUGGCGCCCUAAGCAUAAUCUCUGUUGGGGAAAUUUUCACUGUGAAGUAAACAUGACAUGGAUUGACGAGUCAUGGAUGAUGUUUUCGCGAGACAUCAUUGACAAAUUCUUGAAUCAAGAUGCACGUACCAUGUUGUGUCAUCCGCACGCUGACCAGCAGAUCGGCAUGUGGCUCAACAAUAUAUCAGGUCGGUUACUUUUCCAUGACGUUCGUCUCAAUCACGUGAGGGAGUUUGACUGGCGGGCGAGAAACGUGUGUGUAACGUACAUGGGAGUUCAUCAAGCUUUUGCGUCGCGCAUGCUACAACUGGCCAAGACGAGCGAGGACGGCGCUAAAACUGUGCCCCCCAUCUCUAACUUUUCCUCGUAUUGUGAAUACGACACGUUUGACUAUAGGAAGCUAAACGGCCAAUAUUUUUAUGAACCAAAGCCUUGUGUUGAGAACGCAAUAUGGGUGAAAAAUCACCGAUUAUGGCUUGGAGAAGAGGGAAGAGUCAAUUAAUAGUUUAGUAGUCACGGACAGAACACUGUGACCCUAGGAAAACACAGCGUUUGCGCAUGUCUGCGUCUGUGCACGUUGAAAUGACUUAGUGCUGUGAAUUUCAAGGUUUCAGAACCAAGUUGUCUUAUACAAGUUGCAAAAAAAGUACAAACCAGUAAGUUAUAGUGUUUUAACCCUUUAACUCCCAAGAUAUCAUUAGUAAUUCUCUUUACUGU